CACGCACUGACUAUCUGAUGUCUUACAGUAUCCAUGAACCAUUCAUACUGCUUCACUUUUAUCCUUCCAUCAUUGCUGCCAGAGACUUCGAAAUAUACUGGCCCAUGACUCCAGCCACAGAGGUGUUCACUGAGAAACCACACCAUUUUGCGCUUCUUUCAUCCUCCCUCCUCUCUCACGCAGCGGGGGUGUUGGUCAUUCCGCAAACACCCUCCGCACAAUGUCGGCCGGCGCUGUGGUUGCGCGACCAUCGCAAACCCUCCGACAGCGUCGUGAGUCUCAGCGCGCAAGUGUAGCACGAUCAUCGGGUCGAGGCGGAACUGCAGAAGCGCCAGAUCAGCUCCCAAUUCGAGAUCCCGAGCCUCUAGUCAAAACCGCCGAUCACAUUCUACGCAAGUUCAAAGGAAGCCGGCCUUCCCUCAUCGUCCAUCUACACCCGACGAACUGGCGAUUCGAUCAACAAGAUGGCAACUUCGGAUACAACUCACCUAUGAAUAUCUUCCUCAAACAUUUACGAGACGGAACUGUUCCUCAUGACAUGCUUGAAGAGCUUUUUGCUGCCGAUGUUCCCUUCUAUGAUGGAUGCCUCAUUGUCGAGGUUCAUGAUAACAAGUCCAACGCGAGCAAAUCGCAGAACGGGAAUACGAACUUGGUCGGCGGCAGUACCAUGGUUCCAUUUUCUAUCCACAACUGGAACGAGCAUAUCACUCCCUCUCCUCAUGUCCCUUACCCGAAACGUCCAGUCAAUACCACCGCAAAAGAUGCCAAUAGACCGCCCACGGCCAAAGGCGCCUCGAAGGAUGCGGAGGACAAAGAAAACAUGCCCGCUCCUGGACAACCUGCCUCAGCUGCGCAAAAGUCGCCUGCCAAAGGACGAAUCUUUACUACCGUCCUCUUCCCUACACAAGUGACAUGCCAUGAAGAGGUCGGUAUUCUGUCUCGAACACCACAUAGCGAAGCAAAGGGUGGUAAGAAACAACCAGGCGGCAAAGAUGGUACGACCGCAGGCAUGCACCCUCCUACGCCAUUGGCUUCGAUCCCCCCUACGCCUAUAUCCAAUAGAGGUCCAAACGCGAAGAGACAGAAGAUGUACCUGGAAGGCGAUGAAAUUCAUGAGUUCGAGGCAGAACUCCUCCGAAAUACCGAAGUUAGCCUCCUUCUCGAACCUGCCAAGGAUUUCCGUGAAGCUCAAGCGAUGAUUGAAUCGAUGUCACAUCCUCGACAUUCGUAUCCUCUUCCUGAGCGGAAAGCGCGGAAGCGGACAGAGAGGGAGAUGGCUGCGGACGAAGCAAAUGCCGCAGAACAGGAACGAUUUAUGCUUCUGGGUGACGAACGACUUAAUCGAUCGGUUGCAGAUGGUAGCGCCGCUGAAGGCCAAGUUGGCGGCGCGUCGUUCGAGCCCUCGUUUAACCGCUUCAAGAGAUUGGAGAGCAUCAAGAUGGAACACCAGCGCAAGCAACAGCAAAAGAAGGAAGAGGAAGCCCGUGAGGCAGCCGCCCGGCAUCAAGUAAAUGAAGAGAAAUCUAAGAAAGACCGCGAGGAUCAAGCACGGAUCCAUCAGCAGAACAUUGCGGCGAAGCGAGCGGAAACCCAGCACCUCUUGCUUCAGCAACAACAGCAACAACAUUUGGCUCAGCAACAGCAACAGCAGCACCUCCAAGCACAGAACGCAUUGAUACAAAAAGCCCAGGCUCAGUCAUCUCAAGCCCAGCAAAUGUCCCCUCGCCUGGGAGCGAUGACAUCUAUGGGAAUGGCGAACUCUCCAGUCAUUGGAGGAGUAAACAUGACAUCUCAUGGCCUCGCCAGUCAUCCGAUGGCCGCCACCUCUUCCGCUCAAGGGGCAGGAAGCCCUCCUCGUCCACCUUCUGCCGUUUCCCAUCAUCCGAAUGCCCAGCCAAUGGCUAGACAAGUUAGCCAGGCCCGAAGCCAAGCUGGAGCCUCUUCACAUGCAACACCGCAGAUGGUCCAUAGCACACCGAAUAUGAACCAGGCGAUCCCCGCCAGGAACAUGACUCCUCAACCUCGCACUAGCAUGUCACAGGGGUCUCCCGUCAACAUCCAAGGGACUCCAAUGAUGAACCGUGCCGCCACUCCGCAAAUGGGGGGCCAAACUCAUCCUAGCGUGCAGCCAUCCCUUCGUGAGCAGCAGCUACAGAAUGUGCAGCAGCAAAUGCGUCAGCAGCAUUUGCAAGGCAUGGGCGGACAGCAAAGCAUGGGCGGACAGCAAAUGUCUGCUGAACAGGUUCGAGCAAUGGCAAUGGCUCGUGCACAACAAUUGGCCGCUCAAGCUGCCGCGCAGCAGCAGGCACAACAGGCCCAAAUAAGCCAAGGUCAAUCCCCAAUGCACGCCAUGUCCCCGACCCAUCCACACGCCCAAAUGGGAACACCUCAACCAGGACAACCCCAAGGUGCAAAUAUGAAUACGCUGGCAUACCAGCAGGCGUUGCGGCAACAAGUUCAGGAACAAUUGCGCACUCAGCAGCAGAGGGUGCAACAGGAGCAACAGAUGGGCAGCAAUCCGCAAACACCGCAACAGGCAACGCAGCAAGUGCCAGGGAUGAACGUUCCCCAAGAAGGGCAACAAGGAGACCCGCAGAAGACGUUUAUGUUCCAAAGAAUCCGCAAAGCUGCAGCCGACAAAUAUCUCCAGCUGGCUCAACAGCACCACGGAAACGUCCCUCCGCCUAUUCUGCGACAGCUGGUCUCCGCGUUCCAGACCGAACUGCUCAAGCUGGGUGCAUCGCAACAGAUGGCUCAGAAUGCCAUGGGAAUCCUGCAGAGCGCCGUCCGUCAAGUACAGCAUCAGCAUCAACAACAGCAGCUGCAAAACCGCCAAGGCCAAAACGCAGCGAACGUGCCAAACAUGCAAAACAUGGGCGGGAACGGGAUGCCCAUGAACAUGAACCCUGGAAACAUGAGCAACGCGCCGGGCAACAUGAACAUGGGCAAUAUCCCCAGCAACCCGCCGAUGAACAAUAUGGCCAUGAACCCCAUGCAGAUGCAACAACUCCAGAACAUGCCGCAGGAAGCGCGGGAGGCAUACAUGCGCCAAAUCCAACAAACCCGGCAGCAGCAGAUGCUGCGGAUGCAGCAAGCCCGCGCGCAGAGCCAGGGCGGGAUGAAUAUGGGGAUGAGUCAAGCCGCUGGACAGAAUAUGAUGGCCAUGGGCAAUAUGCCUAACAUGGGAAUGCAGGGGAUGCAGAACAUGGGAAACAUGAACAAUAUGGGAAAUAUGCACAUGGGACGGGGGAUGCAGUAGGGAUGAUUUAGGGAUCGGCGUCGUACUGGGUCGGAGGAUCGGAUUCAUUCGAGUUUAUUAGGUGCACUAAGCAUGGUGUUAGGGAGCUUAAUUUUGCUUUUCAAGCUACAGGCUUGCUUUAAUUCUUCAAUUAUCAUGUAGGAGUUGUAGUUUGACGGUCGGCUAGCACCAGAUCUCUUCCUGCUGCUGGGGGUUUUCUUAGAUACCCAACGGCCUGCAUCUUAUCGAUUUGAUGGAACGUAGUAAUCGAGAUUGUGAUUGUUUCCUGGAGAGGAUUAGUAUAUAACAUGUUAAACGACUCCUCAAAAAUAUUCUUAUCCAGUUCGCAAGAGGACUUGUAUACAACAUAUUGAACGAC